AUGUUGGAGGUGGAAACCAAGAAGAUGUUUAAUCGUUACCUUAAACAGGAAGUCCUUCGUGAAGGCACAUAUGGUGUUGUUUACAAAGCAUUCGACACUAAGACAGGGCAGACAGUGGCAAUUAAGAAAAUUCGGAUCGGAAAGCAGACAGAAGGGUUGAAAAUCACAGAUCUUAAGGAAAUUAAUCUGUUGAAAGAGCUCAAGGACUCAAAUAUAAUUGAGCUCAUUGAUGUUUUUCCUCAUAAAGGGAGUUUGAAUCUUGUAUUUGAGUUCAUGGAGAAAGAUUUAGGGGGUGUAAUUCGUGAUCGUAAUAUUGUGCUUUCGGCAACUGAUAUCAGGUCAUAUAUUCAGAUGACCUUGAAAGGGCUGGCAUCCGGCCAUAAGAAAAGAAUUCUACAUUUGGAUUUAAAACCAGAUAAUCUACUGAUUGGACCUCGCGGACAGCUGAAGCUUGCCGGCUUCGGCUUGGCUAGGAUAUUUGGAAGUCCAGACAAGAUUUUUGGUCACCAGCCAGGGAUGAUGGAACUUGAUCCCAGUACACACCUGCAAGCUCAAAUGGCUGUUAUGAUGAACGAAAUGACUAAGCUCAGAAGUGAGCUGUCCAAAUCCAAGGCAGAAGUAUGUGUAUUAUGUGAUGGACACAGUUUGGAUGAUUGCCCUUCUAAAAUGGAAGCUGUCCAGUUUGUCAGACAGGGCAAUGCAGGGGGAUUCAACAACUUCAACAAUUGGAGAAAUCAACAACAGACCAACUGGAACAAUGCUCUACAACAAGGAAAUUAUCAAAGGCCUGCUCAACCCCCAAGAUUCCACAGACAAGAUGGUCAGCUUCCCAACUAUCAGAAUCAGCAACGUUCUAACCAACAAUACAUACCAAGGGAAGAUGAAUGGAUUUCUGUACAAAAUGCAAUCAAGAGUUUGGCGGUGUCUUGUAAAAGUUUGGAAAAUCAGUUGGCCCAGAUUGCAAAACAAAAUGCUGAAAGACCAUCGGGGAGCCUGCCUAGUGACACAAUCGUGAACCCCAAGGGGAAUGACCAAGAGCAAGCAAAGGCUGUCACUCUCCGAAGUGGAAAGCAACUCAAUCAGCCAAGUGAAGAAGUCACUCCUGCGAGUGACCCUGCAGGUAAAAAUGAAACUUCUUCUGAGCAAAUAUCUGAUAAUGAUGAUAUGGUUGAACAGAGCAACCCACCGAAAAACCCGGAAUGGAGGGAAUUCAAUUUCCAGACCAAUUCAGAACCACCACAGCCAGCUCCAACGCCACCAUAUCCAAGAUUAAACAAGAAAUUUGCCACCCCAACAGAUUUCAAAAGGUGUAACAGAAAGGGCCUCAGGGUUUGUCACAAGAUGCCGCCGGCAAGGAGGAAGGCUGCUGCCCGCAAAAACGCCUCCAACACAAGGAGAAGGAUAUCAUCCUCCUCAUCCUCGCCCUCUCCUGAACGGCAAAGAACGCCCACUCCACCAGCAUCCCCUGCCAGAGAACCCACCCCACGGCCACCUCCACAACCACCAAGGGCACUGCAAGAACAAGCCCUUAAUGGCAUCACAGAUGAAUGGGAGCCCAGGUUGUUUCCAAGGAAGAAGGGUUGGGAUUUCUUUUUGAAGCACAUAAGGCGAAAGUUCAUUCCAGAAAGGGGAAUCGGUGAAGAUGGCGCAGCUUUUGCCUACAUCAAGCGCCAUGGCUGGGAGACCUUCUCCAAACCACCUAUAAAGCCACGGAUCCAGAUUGUGCAAGAAUUUUACGGCAACUUCCACACUGCCCCCAGAGAUGGAGUGUUCGUCAGGGGCAUCAGUGUCAAUUGCAGCACAGAGGCCAUCAGGGCCAUCUGGAAAUUACCAAGAAUAAGCACAGAUUACAGAGAAACCUUGGCUGCCCUGCAUCCAAAUCAACCGCUGGAACAGGCCAUUCUGUCCAGAUUGGCAAAAGAGGGCACAAGCUGGGAAAUGGAUGAUCAAGAAAUCCCUUUGGGGUUUCCAGCCAGCGCGUUGCAAACGCCUGACUUAAAUCUGUGGCACCAUUUCAUCUGCUGCAAUUUGAUGCCAACAUCCUACACUGCUAAGGUCACCUACGAAAUGGCUCUGCUGCUGUAUGCCAUUGCCACAGACACAUCAUUUGAUGCAGCCUCAGUCAUCCGAGACCAACUUACCCGAUGCAUCACUGAUCCAAAGGUGAAGAGCUGGUAUUUCCCAGUUAUGGUCACCAUGCUAUGCAAAAGGGCAGGGGUGACCUUCCUGCACACCGACGCAGAAAGCAACUUGCAGCAACCAUUGAGGAUGCAUAAGCUGGACCAGAAACCCCCAGGUGCCGCAUGGGCGAGACAAACAACAUCCGCUCCCACUUCCACUGGACAAUUGAAGCAGAGGGAUUUCAACAAGCAGAGCAGGUUCAUCCUGGACUACGUCCACCAAUGCCAGAUGAGGACGGAGAAAUUCCUGCAGGAAAUGCACAAGUGCAUUGGAUGCCCUGAAAACUGCCCAAUGCCGCAUGAUCCGCCAGUCCACCCACUUCACGGAAUGCCUCAAUGA